GUUGGAGGGUACUGGUUUAUGUUACUAUGACAACAGCCGUCUCAAUCAACCAAAAUGGCGGCCACUUCGAGUCGUCAAAGAUCGAUGCCUCUUUUACGGCGUCCUUUGCCGCCAAAACCUAUACCUAAGCCAGCAUCUUCAACAUUUUACUCAAACGAAGAUGAGAAAUCUACAGCUCGCUCAAAAUCACCCACAAUUUCUACACGAACACGAUCCAGACCAAAGGCCUCACGAUCCGAGCAGCAGUAUCGUGGUGACAUUGCCUUACCAAACACCUCCGUUGUUCAGCCCUAUCYUCCACGGGGUCCUCCUCCAUUGCCUCCAAGACAACCAAGAAAAGUCAGAGAAUUACCUCCUGCUAUUUUAGACUCGUAUACUAAACCUCCACCAGCUUUCACACUUAAGAAUUUCUCGCUGCGAAUCCCAUCUCGUUGUGGCGAAGAGGAACACAGAGAGAUAAUGAUAUCGGARCAAAACUAUCAAAAAUUAACGAGUUGGUUGACCGCUAAUCGGCCAAAACAAUCGCAAAUACACAGCCUUGAGUUYGACACAUCCAUUGAAGUACCAGAUGUCACUCCAAGAAUUCCGCCAAGYCAUCUCUCCAUUGAGAUGAGUUUACCUGUAGCAGACAUGGAGUUCAAUGAUUCACCCGACUACUAUGGUUAUGCUGAUAAUAGAAUACCCAAAGGAACACCAGUUACCCCAGCUGUAUCUAAACAGACAUACUACUCAAGGCAAAGACCUCCACUACCCCCUAUUGAACAAAGUGCCCARGAGGACUUCUCUGGGGAUGACCAUAUUUAUCAAGUAGACACCCAAGAGAAGCCUUUAGGGACCAAAUAUAAAGGGYUGGAGUUAACAGAUGYCGCUCAGUUGGAAUCUAAUGAAACACAGGGAGGGAAUGAAAUUAGAACAGUUAAUGAUAAAACAACAGAGGAAAAACAAAUGUAUAUAGAUCAAGAAAUGAAAUAUGAUUAUUCUAGCAAUCAGAUAGAGACUGAAAAAAACAUGGGAAAGCAAAAAAUUAAUUUCAAAGAAGACAUAGAAGAAAGUUUUGAGUUUAAAGAGGGUGUUAUCAAAGAGCAAGAAAACCAAGAACAAUGGAUACAACAAAGAGGAUUAACCUUUGAUCAAUUUCCAGCCAUCACUUACAGAGACUUAGAUGUMGUACUCCCUAGCUCAGCCCCAGUGUAUUACCAGGGAGAGGCACUMCCAAGGACUAUGUCUCCUUUUGCUACAGCUGAUAAUGAUGAUACUCAAAUCACACCAUUAGAAGCAGUAAUAUUGAAUGCUCUUAUGACAGAAUCAGCAACUCUGAACAUCAAAGCCCAUUUCUUGAGUGAACUACCAACUCUGAAUCAGUUGUCUGAUCAUCUGACACAUCUUAAUGCUUCAUUCAAUGAUUUCUGGGUGUUUCCUCCUGAAAUACUGGAUUUACAUAAACUUGUAUCAUUGAGAUUAAGAAACAAUCCAAUCAAGGAGAUUCCACAUGAAAUCUGUAACUUAAAACAGCUGAAAGUACUCGAUAUGUCUUUCAAUCUUCUCUCUUCACUCCCUAAAUGCCUGUUUGAAUUAAAAGACUUAGAAAUACUGGACAUGUGUUACAACCGAAUCUCAUUCAUACCAACUGAYAUUGGAAAUCUCAGAUGUUUACGRGAACUCAGUGUGGAGGGAAACCAGAUUAGAGCUCUUCCUGUCACAGCUUUACAUCUUCCUCUAAGARACUUGCGUAURGCCAACAAUAUCCUUCAUCCAUUGUUUUGGAGAGAAACGGCCAGCAACCAGCCCCAGAGACUGUUUGAUCUAUGUGCACUUACUGUCAAUAAAACUGAACAAGACAGUUUAAAGAUGGCUACUUUACCAGAUUCCAUCAAAUCAUAUCUUAAAAGCCCUGGCAAAUGUGACUGUUGUGGCGGCGUAAAAUAUGGCCAAGGCUUGCGAGUCAUCAAGUCACCCGAUGAAAUCUUUGGAGUCAAGAACUUGCCUUUCCUGUUCACUGUCUGUUCCCAAAGAUGCAGAAAAACGUUUAUKAAAAACAAAGAUGCUAUCGAACUGUGGUUGUUGAGGAACAAUAUAGUUAUAAAAAAACAAUAGAUAAGAUAAAUAUAUCAAAUCUACUGAAAAAAAUAUUGUAUAUAUUCCAUACACCCUCCAAAGGCGGUUGAUAAUUUCAAGAAUUUAGUGUCAGAACUGAUGGUGAGAGCUAGCGAUGCAGUUCGCAUUGAUCUUUGAUGCUUACAACAAAUUUUAAAGUUAAAACAUUUGUCAAAUAUUUUAAUAUGAAAGCCGAGACUUUUAUAUAUUUAAACGAAGCCUAUGAGAAGUAUAUAAAAUUAAAUUAUGUGCUUUUGAACAAAA